CCUUCUUUCCCAUCGGACCCACCCUCAUGUCCUAUCUGCGCCCAGUCUUAUCCCAGCAUAAAUAGCUGCGCCCAAGCCGCACCAGUCCUCGCAAACGUUUCUAUGGUCCUUUUCAAUCCUGGAGCUUUCAUCGACGUCAUUAAAUGCGCAUGCACAGACACCUUCCAAGCGGCUUAUCCUCAAUGCGCAGAUUGCUUCACACGUACAAACCAGACUCAGUUCCUCUCUGCACCGGCCAAUGACCUCCCAGAUAUUAUUUCUGGCAUUCGGAGCAUCUGCUCACUAGAAAGCAGCUUCAUUGGAAACGUAUCUGGCUCAGCCACAGCAUCAGGUGCAUUGCCUACGGAUACGAGCGACCUCCCUAGCGCG